AUAUUAGAAAAUCAAGGAGCAAUGCAGCGGCUUUGAGAUUCGGAGCUGACGCCUAGAUACCUGAAUUAGCUUUAACAGAAGAGAAAUGGAGGAGCCAUAGAACAUAAGGAUGAAUUCAGGAAAGCCUGAAACCAUGGAAAACUUGCCUGAUCUCUACACUAUUUUCCAAGGAGAGGUUGCUAUGGUGACAGACUAUGGAGCCUUUAUCAAAAUUCCAGGCUGUCGAAAGCAAGGUCUGGUCCAUCGAACUCAUAUGUCAUCUUGUCGAGUAGAUAAGCCCUCUGAGAUAGUAGAUGUCAGAGACAAAGUAUGGGUGAAGCUUAUUGGCCGAGAGAUGAAAAAUGAUAGGAUAAAAGUAUCCCUCUCCAUGAAAGUUGUCAACCAAGGGACUGGGAAAGACCUUGAUCCUAACAACGUUAUUAUUGAACAAGAAGAGAGGAGGAGGAGGUCCUUCCAGGAUUACACUGGGCAGAAGAUCACACUCGAGGCUGUCCUUAAUACUACCUGCAAGAAGUGUGGCUGUAAAGGCCACUUCGCAAAAGAUUGUUUCAUGCAGCCUGGUGGGACCAAAUAUUCUCUGAUACCCGACGAGGAAGAAGAGAAAGAAGAAGCAAAGUCAGCAGAAUUUGAGAAGCCUGACCCCACAAAGAACUCGUCUAGAAAAAGAAAGAAGGAAAAGAAGAAAAAGAAACAUAGAAACAAGAAGCAUAAGAAGAAACACAAGGAGUGAGAGUAGGAGAGAGUGGGGAUGGGGUGGGUGAGAGAAUAUGGAUCCAGGAGCUUUGUGACUUAAAGCCUGGCUCCUAGAAACAAUCGAUAGUGAGAAUAUGACUCCUUACCCCAGUGACUUUGCCAUGGGAGAUGGCUUUCCCUCAUGCAGCAGGCAGGUUUGGGAGUUGAGGUCAAAAGCAGUUGCCUGAAUAUGUUUCCGCAUUGCACCUGAUCCCUUUGCAAGUGACCCCUGCAGCCCACCCAUUCAUUCACCCAACUUCCUUCACUCAGCAGGUGGUCCUUUACCCAGCUGCCACUGCCAGAGCUGGAUUCAUUCACCCAACUUCCUUCACUCAGCAGGUGGUCCUUUACCCAGCUGCCACUGCCAGAGGGGAUCCUGGCUGAAGCCACAGGUACUGCUGUGGAGGUGAGACUGGCUGUAGUUGAAGGACAGAAUGAUUGCCCCUUCCUGUCAGACUGUCUUGGGCCAGUUGGCUUAUGGUCUCUGCCACCCACACAGGAACAGCAGGACAGUGGCAGUAGGAGAGAGAAUGUAGCAAAAAGUGGUGCUCACUUUUUACAUUCUCAACAUGGUUCUACUGUGCUAGAAGUGACAGCCAGUAGCCAGUCAGAAAAUGAUAUUUUGCAGUGUGACUCAUUCUGUGUAUGACAUUCCACCAGACUACUGAACCAGACAUCUGAGGCCAAGAUCAUUCUAUGUAUUACUGUGAGUCUACUGGUUCUACUUCAAGUCUCUGCUUAAAUUCCUGGCACUAAA